AUGUGGCAUCAGUUCCUGAGGCAAUAUUUAAAUCAAGAACAUGUGAUUCAGAAGUUAGCAGAUUCAAAGAUAAUUCGCUCAGCAGCACGUUUUUUUGUUUCAACAGUGUAUGGUAUGCGUGCAUCAAUCUUUCGGGAUUUUUGGAAGCGAAUUGAAUUUUUCUCGAGGACAUUCGGUGAAGAAUUCAAAAAGUCACUGACACAGAAGAAAUAA